UCGACAGAAUUUUUUUUUGUAAGAAAAUUUCGCGAUGCUGUAGAAUUUAAUUUUUUACGUCCUUGAUGUAUCUAUUUGUAGAAUUGCUGAGGACAAAUUGUGCUAAAAUAUCCAUUUAUAGGUUGUAUGUGAUACUUAUUUGUGAAAAUCAGAUAUGGAGAUGGAACAAGGUGAGGGUAUUGAUAAGAAAGAAGAGAAGAAUAAUGAAACAAAAUAUAAAAUUUUGGGUUUGACAACCGAUAAGACAUUAGAUAUCUUACAAAGGGAUAUUAAAAGGAUAAUAGAAGAGUAUGAAAGAGAUUUUAAAAAGAACAAAAAAUGCAAAGCAUGGUUAAAAGAUGCUUUACACCAUAAAAGUCAAUAUACAACUUUUUGUUGGACAUCUGCAUUAGCUCUUCUCAUAACAGCUACUGUGAUAAUUAUAUCCUUUUUUACCGGAAAUAAUUACUAUAUUUCGUAUUGGCCUUUCGAAGGGAUCAUCAUCCUGCUUCUUAUUAUGUUUAAUUGUAUUUUAGUAAUCUCUGAUAACAGGUUCCGUCAUUUUGAAAUUCUUUAUAGAGUGAAAAGUCUCAUUAAACAGAUAGAAGUUGCUAAAUCAAAAUCUGUAUGGAAGGCAGAAAAUUAUCCACAUUUAUGUAGCCCACUUUCACCUUGCAUUACUUUGCAGUGGACAUAUCGAGAUGGCCAUGUGGUUAAUUUACCAUGGGCUUUAUUAGUUGCUGGUGAUAUUAUUGUGAUGAAACCUGGACAACCAGCACCUGGUUACAGUGUACCUUAUGAUGAUGCAGAGGCACCUGUGCUGCAUGCGCGUGACAUAUACAGUCCAUUGGUACACAGUGGCAGUGGUCUUUUCACAACACCUCAGGCCCGACAACCUCUAAGUAACAAAAUUUACAAACUCCAAGAGACGCCCUACUUGACUAACUUGCGUAUGGGCCUUGACAUGGCUUUGGAUCGGCCAGUAACCUACCAUAAUCGAGAGCGUCACCUCGUAAUGAUCUGUUGCAUUGAACAGCUCAUUUAUCCCAUCCUCCUUAUAAUUAUACUCAUUUUCAACCUUAUUCGCUACCUCUACCUUUACGAUUAUGUUGGCAUCGGACAUUGGACGGAGUUAUUCCUAUUACAGCCGGUAGCAAUUACGCUACCACUGUUGCCUGUUGCCUUUCCCAUAUGGUGGAUUGUACUCAACUGCUUUGGUAUGGCCAGGUUCAAAGCACUUUUCAAACUGUAUCAAUCCUCAAAGAAAACACAGUUUUUAGAUCCUUUCGAAGAGAGUUCUGAUCAAAAUCAUCCUGAAGUAGUUUAUAAUUGGACAGAAUUAUCAGAAUAUUUUUGGAAUAUUAUGUUUGGUAAAGAACAUAUGAUGACAAGAUCUGCAAAUAUCUUACAUGUAUUAGGUUCAGUAACUGCUUUAUGCUGCAUUGAUAAAAAAGGAAUUUUAUCAUGGCCAAAUCCAACAGCUGAAAAAGUUUUUUUUUUACGUAACGCAAACAGUACUAUAAAUGCUACUAAUACAGUUUCACGUACGUCAAGUAUGGCUAGUCUAAAUAAAUCGGUUGAUCCUAAUCACCUCAGUGACAGUAAGCAGGAUUCUAAUAGGACUUCAUACAUACAUCACGAAUUGUCACAAACGAUGGCGGAAGUCCUGGAUUUGACUCACGAUCGCGCCUUACCCUUUAAGCUACAGUUCGAUGAUCACUCGUGGCGUCAACACCUCAACUCUCUUAAGCCCCUCGGUCUCGCCAUCCUCCUCAACACUUGCAAUAUGGAAACGCAGGAACAUUACACUCAAUUCUGUUGCCAUGUCACCUGCGAGGCUUUAUAUAAUGAGAACCUUGUACCCGUGACAAAUAGACGCAGAUGUGAAAUAUCCAAAAAUUUCACUACCAAUUGCCAGGCAAGCUCUGAGGAUAAAAGUGGGUAUGAAGCAAAAGAUACCGUACAAAGCUCGAGGCAGAUGUAUUUAGUCGACGAGUCAGGAUGCCUCGGACAAAUGUGGUGCCUCUGCGAAUUAGCAAAACAAAUUGGAUUCAAAGAUCAAGCGAAGGAAAUAUUUCAUCUAGAGCAACAAUUGUCUACGUUCAGGCAUGUACAACCAGAAACUGCAAAACGAGACAUAAAAUUUGCACGAUCACUGAGCAUCUCGACAAAACUAAAAUUUCCCUUUCCGCACAUGGUGGCAGUUGUCGUUAGAGAAAGAAAUGGCGGUGGUCUGCAGUUACUUUCACAAGGCACCGCAGACAUCAUUCUGGAUUCAUGCAUCGAAUUUUGGGAUGGACAUGAUCUCUGUCCCCUGUCUGAGCCUGACAAAAAAAAAGUACAGGAUUUUUACAACCGCACGAGCCUAACAUCAUACUGCACUGCAUUUGCAUACAGACCUCUUACGCGAAACGUUAACAAUAAGUUGUCAAGCAUGUACCUGGAACUUCCAUCAGAGUGUAAGCAUCUUUAUACACCACAUAGGAGUCCAACGCCACUUCCCUGGGACUUUAAGAAUGUGCUCGAUCCCAGGAUUAAAGGACUCCUCGGCCAAUUUCAUUCUACCGAUUCUCUUCUUUGCAAUGAAAUCAAAGAGGACGAAAUUAACAGUAUUGAUAGUUGUUUUGAGCUUCAAUGCAAUCAAAUUUUUAUUGGAAUGGUAACAAUGCAAUAUCAAGCUCAAACUGACAUGGUACAAUUGAUAGAGCAAUUGGAGCAUGCCUGCAUCAGGUUCGUGCAUUUUAGUAAAGAGAAUGAGUUGCGGUCACGUGUCUUCUCUGAAAAAAUGGGAUUGGAAAGUGGCUGGAACUGCCAUAUUUCGCUACUUAGUGAAUGCGCAAGGUCCGAGAGUCCAGUGGGCUGGUGGGUGAGCCAGGCAGCCGCCAUGUCCUCGCCCACGCCCUCGACCCGCUCGCUGCUACAUAAUCACCCCUGCAUGGACGAGGCCAGUCAAUUGCUUAAACGCGUGUCCCCUCGCUCAAAUCUUGACAAUAGCAGGGCGAUGAGUAUGUCAGCGCCCAGUGCGAUUAAUAUGGAAAUGUCAAUCGUGAAGUUUGAAAACGAGACGAUCGAGUGGAACGGAAGUUCCGUUCGAGGAGAACGGAAUGGCGGAGUAGUUGAAAAAUCACUGGCGAAAAGUGCGAUGAGUCAUAGGGAACAAGAGAUAGUGCGCAGCGAGGAUAGCGUACUAGUCCAGAGCAUUGACCUUGGAUCUGGUCAAGAAGCUUGGAGAUCCUUGAGUUGCCUAACCGACAGCACUGAACAGAGUGCACCAGUCAAUUUCGAUUUAUCCAACAGAGCUAAAUUACCCCGAGGAAUUGACAAAAUUCGUCCACAUAUCGAGUUGAUUGACAACGUGCCGCUACUCGUCUCACUCUUCACUGACUGCAACACUGCUGUGACGCGUGAAAUGCUGCACAUAAUGCAAGAUUUCGGCGAAGUCGUCUGCGUCCUUGGAUCGUCUGCGAAUUCCGAUAACAUGCCGAUUUUCAUGCAAGCCGAUGCUGCUGUUGCCGUGGAGCCGCUCUACCCUCAAGUGUGCCAAAAAGUGCCUGUCUUGGCGCCGAUCCGGGCGGAGGAAGGACCCUCGCCGAUCGAUCUCAGCCGCAACCUUAAUUCCAUCGCAUGCUCGCUUAGCGUCAAGCGUGAGGAUCCCAUUGCCAUCUACCAUCUCAUAAUGGAGGCCCGCCACUACAUGAAGUGCCUAUGGAAUUGCGUACAGUUCUGGUUGUGCUGUUUGGUGACACUCGCCUUCGUCCAGGCGCUGUCAGCAUUUCUCCUGCUCCCGCCACUCUUCAGCGUUGGCCAGGUACUCUGGCUCAGCUUCCUCAUCGUACCGCUGCUCUCGGCCUCACUCGUCGGCACGCCCACCGACUCCACCAUAAUGCAACGAGCCACCGGCAAAAACCAGUGCGCCGUCAGUGGACAGGUGGCAUUAUUUGUCUUAUGGUGUUACGGAAGUAAAUUCCUUCCGACAAUAGUUACGGUACUGAUAUGGCAAUGCGUUUCCUUGUUUAUAUUAUGUUCGACAUAUGCUAAGACCGGCACUCAGUGCUUCUACGUUUACCCCAAUGUCACCGGUGAAUUUUCUUGGGGCGGAUGGAGUCUGAAACCCGAUGUACUGUUAAUUGUUCAAAAUAUUGCACUUGUAAUCAUUGUUUUACACUUUGUAACUAUAUCGCUAAGUUUUGUCCAUCGAGAAUAUUGUGUAUGGCGAAAAUUGCCCUUUAAUAAUUGGAUUUGGUUUUUAACUUCUUUUCUAGUGAUAUGCAUGCAAACAGCUUUUUCAGGAAGUAAUUUAUGUACUUAUUGGAAAGAUGAAGACCAAAGAAUAGAAACUUUUCCCUUACAUUUGCCACUCUACUUUAUUACUACAUUACCAAUUAUCUUUUUUAUUAAUGAAUUCAUCAAAUGGCAAGAAAUUAAAGUCAAUGUUAGAUAUCAAAAGCGAGCACGGUUAGAGUUUACUACGAAGCUCGGCAUGAACUCCCCAUUUUAAUACAAUUCCAAAAGAAU